GUACAAGCAAGUGGUGACCACUCGGAGAGCAGGUCUGGCAGUGGUGAUAUGCUGGACAGUGGCUUUUAUUGUGGGGCUCACACCCAUGUUAGGAUGGAACAACCUGAGUCACCUGCAGCAGAACAGUUCCAUCAGCUCUGACCUCGUUAUCACCUGCCAGUUUGAAAACGUCAUCAGCAUGGACUACAUGGUGUAUUUCAACUUUUUUGGCUGGGUGCUGCCACCGCUGCUUCUCAUGCUGGGUAUCUAUGCAGAGAUCUUCUAUAUGAUCCACAAGCAACUUAACAAUAAGAAGUUCACUACCAGUCACACUGACCCCAACAAGUACUAUGACAAGGAGUUGAAUCUUGCUAAAUCUCUGGCUCUGGUCCUUUUUCUCUUUGCCAUCUGCUGGCUCCCCCUCCACAUCUUCAACUGCAUCACACUCUUCUGCCCUGAGUGCCAGAAGCCCAUAGUCCUCCUACCCAUUGCCAUCUCUCUCACCCACGGUAACUCUGCUGUCAACCCAAUAGUCUACGCUUUCCGCAUUAAGAGGUUCCGAACAGCCUUUCGGAAAAUCUGGCAGCAGUAUUUCUGCUGCAAGGACACACCACCUCUGGAAAUUCAGCACAGCGACAGGAAAGUGAUGCCCAAUCCAGAGUCACAGCAGGCAGCAUCUCCACAGGCCCCUCAGAAGAAAAUCAUCACACCUGAUCCAACGGGACAGCAGCCACCCUCACCUGAGCAGCAGCAAGACCAGAGGCCUGAACCACCACAGUAAUCUGAAGAAUGUACAUCCUUAAUGGAACACAAUGCAGUCUAGGCCAAGGCACAGAGCUGAUUCUUGGCUGGGACAGUAAUGCUUGAGCACCGGCUCUGUCCUCAUUUGAAUCUAGUUUAAUGAGGAGCAUGAAGUGCUAUGGUGCUGGAGGAACUCGGACAAUUUAUGGAUCCUAAAAACUGGAGGGUCAUUUAUUUUUACUCAGGAGUAAAGGAUUUACUAAAAAUCUGAUCACAGUGGAAAAAAAAGACAAAAUGGUAUCUAUAAACCUAAAUAACAGAAGUCUUUUUAUAAUGACCAAGUGUUUAUCUUAGUAAGAGACUGAAGGCAUUAAGCUUUAACUGCUUUGUUCAUUAUGGUGAAACAGUUAGUGUGAACAUGACCAAUUGUGCAAUAUAAGUUAUUGUGGUUGGUCAGUAUCUGAUUAUCAUAUGUUAUAACUUGCUACAGAAUGAAAGUCGAUAUGUUCAUUAGAGGGGGUUUGUCUUACUGCUGUAAUACUGUGUGUAUGUUUAAACUGACAGUGGCUGAAGAACAUGAAUGUAAUAAUGUCAGAGGGAGACUCUAACAGCCCAGCUGUUCUCUUUUUUAGGGUAUUAGUUGCAUGACAGUGGUAGAGAAAGUGGAACAAUGGGGAAACAUUUUGCAGCAAGGAGAUAUAUAUGUGCUGAAACAAAGGUUUGCAAGCCCUUACUGUAACUGGAGAUGAGUACCUCAGUGUUCCAGCAGCGCUGUGUUA